AUGGCGACCAGGAAACUGAAUGUUUUGGUAUAUUCUGGGAAUGGUAGCACCACCGAAUCUGUCCGCCACUGCCUGUACACCCUCCGCCGCUUGCUUUCCCCAGCUUACGCUGUGAUCCCUGUCACAGGCGAUGUUCUCGUCAAAGAGCCUUGGUUUAGCACUUGCGCACUUCUCGUCUUCCCUGGUGGCGCCGACCUAGGAUACUGCCGCACGCUGAACGGCGAGGGUAACCGCCGCAUCAGCCGCUACGUCAAUGCUGGUGGCUCGUAUUUGGGAUUCUGCGCCGGCGGCUACUACGGUAGCGCAAGAUGUGAGUUCGAAGUCAAUGACCCGAAAAUGGCGGUCGUUGGAGAUCGAGAGCUGGCCUUCUUUCCAGGGAUCUGCAGGGGUCUGGCAUUCGAGGGGUUCAGGUAUGCCAGUGAGGUUGGUGCCAGAGCGGCAGACAUCAAGAUCGAGAAGGGAGCUUUCAGGGAUGUGAAAGAGUGGAUUGCUGAGUCCUUCAAGUGUUAUUACAAUGGAGGUGGCGUGUUCGUUGACGCGAAGAAGCUUGAGUCGAGAGGUGUACAAAUCCUGGCUAGUUACACUGAAGAUCUACAUGUCGACUCUGGUGAGGGCCAAGCUGCGGUUUUAUAUCGCAAAGUUGGUGAAGGCCAUGCCAUACUCACGGGACCGCACCCAGAAUUUGCACCGCAGAACUUGAGCAAGAUCCCCAGUCUCCCAUCGUACGCAUCGUUGAUCGAUGCCAUCACUACUACAGACGCAGACAGAAUUGCCUUCUUAGGUCUGAUGCUGCAGAAGCUAGGCUUGAAUGUCAAUGAACAGGAACAAGCGGUACCAUCCCUGUCCCGCCUGCAUCUCACAUCUCACAACUCGACAGCCGUUGCGGAUCUCGUCGCGUCUUGGGCCGAAAUCAUCACUGUAGUCGACGGCGAAGAGUAUAUUCAAGGGGGCAACGAUGUGUUUCAUAUUGAGAAAGAGGGUAGUGUCUGGGCCGUUAAGGAACUAAAGCGGGCUGUGAGUGCGGUCUCGGAGAAGCUGCCAACGCUUGCAUCGACACAGGAUAAGGUGCACGAGCAAGAUGGAGAAGCUACAGAAAGGGCGAAUGACGACGAAAACAAGCCAAAGACAAAAGAAGAAGAGAUCCAAGAGUGUAUCGAAUACACCGCCAAUUCGGCUUUCGACCAGCUCCUCACAUACGACAAAGUCAUCAAGACUAUCGUUCCACACAGAAACGGUGUUCCAACAAGUCGCGAAACGCCAUUCCACCACGAGGCCUUCUACGCCAACCUACACCACUACCACACCAAGCUCCGCAACCCCUCCGCUUCCUUCGGCGCAACUCUCCUCUACGGCGAGGUUGUAACUAGCACGAACACACUCCUCGAAAAGAACCCCUCCCUCCUUCGCAAUCUAGCGACCGGUUUUACCGUAACAGCAACGACCCAAAUCGCCGGCCGCGGUCGCGGCUCAAACGUCUGGGUAGCACCACCAGGCGCAAUGAUGUUCAGCACGGUCCUACACCACAGCUUCGCACUCUCGCAAUCCGCCCCAGUAGUCUUCACUCAAUAUCUCGCCGCCCUCGCCAUUGUGAACGGCAUCCAAAGCUAUGCGCCCGGUUACGAGAAGAUCCCCGUCAAGCUAAAAUGGCCAAAUGACAUCUACGUGCAGCUUCCAGGAAGCAGCAACAACCCCGUUGUGAAGAUUGGCGGCAUAUUGGUAAACAGCAGUUACUCGGGAAGCAGCUACGAUGUUGUCUGCGGCAUUGGGCUCAACCUCUCCAACGCCCUCCCCACAACGUCCCUCAAUCAGCUCGCCGCCGGUCAAAACCCGCCGCUCAAACCGUUCACGCAAGAAAAACUCUUAGCUUCCAUCCUCGCAUCCUUUGAAUCCUUGUACACCACUUUCUGCACAACAGGAUUCAAUCGCGAUAUGGAAGAGCAGUAUUACCGUGCGUGGCUACAUACAGAUCAGAUUGUGGAGCUGGAAAGUGAAGGUGGGGUCAAGGCGCGGAUCAAGGGGAUCACAAGGGAUUGGGGAUUGCUACUGGCGGAGGAGUUGGGGUGGCAGGAUCGCCCGACGGGGAAGGUGGUCAGUUUGCAGAGUGAUAGUAAUAGCUUUGAUUUCUUCAAGGGGUUGGUGAGAAGGAAGUUUUGA